CAUCUUUCUGGAGGAAGGGGCCAGUCGAAAGCCUCUUCCCCGUCAUUGCUUGGCACUCACAACGCUACUUGCCGGCCCCGGCCGCCUCUUAUCCUCGUGGCCACCUGACCCAUUCUAGAGAAGCACACUUCCCCCCACUGUAGUUGCCCAUAAGGCGAAGAUUCUCAUUACCUGUUCCAAUCUUAUUAGCGUGAAGAAACCAGGCUCAUAAGAUAGAGAAAACAACAAGAAAGAUGUCUAAGCAACAACCGGCUCAGUUUAUAAAUCCAGAAACUCCUGGUUAUGUUGGAUUUGCAAACCUUCCCAAUCAAGUUCACCGAAAAUCAGUGAAAAAAGGUUUUGAAUUCACGCUGAUGGUGGUUGGUGAGUCAGGCCUGGGAAAAUCAACUCUGAUAAACAGCCUGUUCCUGACUGAUCUCUAUCCAGAAAGAAUCAUACCUGGAGCUGCAGAGAAAAUUGAAAGAACUGUCCAAAUUGAAGCUUCAACUGUGGAGAUUGAAGAGCGUGGAGUUAAACUGCGCCUUACAGUAGUGGAUACACCUGGCUAUGGGGAUGCUAUCAAUUGCAGGGAUUGUUUUAAGACCAUCAUCUCCUACAUUGAUGAGCAGUUUGAACGCUACCUGCAUGAUGAGAGUGGCUUAAACAGGCGCCACAUCAUUGACAACAGGGUACAUUGCUGCUUCUACUUCAUUUCACCUUUUGGACAUGGGCUGAAGCCUUUAGAUGUUGCAUUUAUGAAAGCAAUACACAACAAGGUAAAUAUUGUGCCAGUCAUUGCGAAAGCUGACACUCUCACUCUGAAGGAGCGCGAGCGACUGAAGAAAAGAAUUCUGGAUGAAAUUGAAGAACAUAACAUCAAAAUCUAUCACUUACCUGAUGCAGAAUCAGAUGAAGAUGAAGACUUUAAAGAGCAGACUAGGCUUCUCAAGGCCAGUAUCCCAUUCUCUGUGGUUGGAUCCAACCAGUUGAUUGAAGCCAAAGGCAAGAAGGUCAGAGGUCGCCUCUAUCCAUGGGGUGUUGUGGAGGUGGAGAACCCAGAACAUAAUGAUUUUCUGAAGCUAAGAACGAUGCUUAUUACCCACAUGCAAGAUCUACAGGAAGUGACUCAGGACCUUCACUAUGAAAACUUCCGUUCUGAGAGGCUUAAGAGAGGUGGCAGGAAAGUAGAAAAUGAGGAUAUGAAUAAAGAUCAGAUCCUGCUGGAAAAGGAAGCGGAGCUCCGCCGCAUGCAAGAGAUGAUCGCAAGGAUGCAGGCACAGAUGCAGUUGCAGAUGCAGGGUGGUGAUGGUGACAGUGGAGCUCUUGGGCACCAUGUGUGAGGUAGCACUCCUGAAUGAAAAGAACACAUUCCAAUUGAGUGUUAAGCUACAGAUUUUCAUGAGAUUCUUGGAAGGAAGCCUGUUCACAUAUAUAGUAUCUGUGCCUAAGAAUUCAAUUUUUUAAAUUUUUGAUGUGUUUUCUUUUUUUGUAUGAAGUUCUUUUAACAUUUGCAGUUCAUUGCUAUGUUAUACUUUAUAUUUCGUGAGAUGAACUUAUUUUUGUUUUCUGUUUUAACUAACCACUAAUGCUAGAAUUGAUUUCUGAGAGUCAGUCAGCAAUAUAGUGAAUAUUAAAUUUCUUUGAUGUAGCUUCCUGAUUUGUAACUAGACCAUCCAGGUUUAACCACGUUGUUUCUGUGUGAUGGACAUGUACCUCUGACAGAAGACUGUGUAGACUUGGUCCCAGGCCAUUUGAUUACUAGGUUAUACUAUGUGGAAUCUGUUACCUUUCUUGAUUUUCUUUCUGUACAACACCUGAACCUUUCAUUGCUGCAGUUCAUUACCAUGAAUUCCUGUGCACAUUUGUCUUUCAUCAAAUAGAACAGAGUAGAAUUUCUAAUAAGACAUACUUAUACAUCAGUAACUUUUUAAACAUGGUGUUCUAGGGAUAUAUUCUGAUGUUAAACCUUGAAGAAAACUCACCACAAGCACUUUUUAUCAUACUUUUCACGGUUACUGGUUAUGUUGUGCUACAGAGAAAACCAAAGCAGCUGUGAGCUCCAGUUUCAUGUUGCAAUGAUUUUUUACAGAAUUGACUGUCAGUAUAUUAUUUUCACACAACUAAGAAAUAAUUUUUAAAGAAACCAACCUUUUUAUAUUUUAUGCUGCACUUUAAUGUAUUUUCUGUAACUGCAGGUGUGAAAGACCUUCUCAGAAGUGGUAAUUGGAAUACUUUUGACAAACCUGCACUCCCAGACUGCUUCCUGAGUGGUCCUGCCAGAAUGCCUUAGCUCCCUGAAGCCCAGAUACCUGACAGGUUUUCUGAUUUGAAUGUCCCCAUAUUCUUUUCUUAUUUUUUUUUAAUUUUCUAUUGAAAUGAAAAGAGCAGUGAUCUUAUUUUUUGUGUGUAGAUUGUAUAAUUUUUUAGCCCCUGUCAUUCCCUCAUUUUGCAUAAGAGAGAUUUCUCCAUGUAUCAUAUAUAGUGAAAGGCAAUUCCGAUCUGGGCCAUAGGGUGGUAGCCAGAUUCCCACAGUCAAAACUGCACCUGUUUGUCUUCUCUACACUGUGGCCUAGGCCCCACCUUUCCCUCUUUGUCUGCUGGUGGGAUACCCUGAAGUCAUCUGUUCGCCAUUUCGCCUAACCUUUUGAAAAUAGACCACCGAAAGGAAUGGAAGAGUGAAGAAUAUACCAGUUGUCCUGGUUUGGCAUUUUAUUUUAUUGCAACAGGAAUUGUGCUGAAGAAGAGGGUUGAUUUGUGUUGAGACACAGGAAUUUGGGAGUUUCAUUUCAUUUCAACCAAAAAUAGUGAGAUGGUCAAAAAGGGCUUUGAGGGUUGUGAAGAGCCAAGUGCUGUAUGGUUAAGCUCAUUGUGUGAGGUUUCUACAGAGAAAAGUGUCCCUUGACUUUAGAGUAGUCCCAUCUAAAGUCAGUUAUUUGACAGGUAUUAACUGCUUUAAAAAGCUGUAAAAACAACAACAUCAACAAAAAAAACUCAAGGUAUCAUUUUAAGCCCAGUGUAUGUCUAUAGCAUUGGGGGCUAGGAGAGAUACCUGGUCACACUUCUAAAUUCUCUUUGUUUUGCUAUCCAAGCCUAAACGUACACUUUUGCUAACUGUUUUACUAAAAAUCUCUAUCCAUAGAAAUGUAUUUUUAAAACACUCUACACAGCAAUUUUGUAUCCAUUUAAACUAAUCUUUUUACUCAAUAAAGAACUAUUGCUUAGAUACUA